CUUGGCCACAGAAGUGACUGCAAAGUAUCCUACCGGUUCAUGUCCAGCAAAUACUACCAGAAAUACUUUCUGUCCUAUGCUAAUUUACCAUGUUCUCCUGAUGUCUUACUGAACAUAAUUAGAAUGCGUCGGUACUCCAGACUUGCACAUUACGCGACAGCACAGUUGCGAGCCGAAACGAUGUCGAGAUUGGAACAGGUGGAAGCGAAAUAUCUACACCUCCAAAAUUCAUCAAGCGAAAUACAACAUUUGCAAAAGGAAAUCAGUCGAUGUUUGCAGUUCAGCGCUGGAGACGAAGAAAUUGACCUUGUUUCUUUGGACGAGUUCUAUGCUUCAGCCCCUGAAAGCAUAUCUCGACCUGAAGUAACGAAAACCAAUGAACAUGAACAGCGUUUAGCAAGGUUGACAUGGGAAGUAGCACAACGGAAGGCCUUACUCGACACGUUAACCGAGCAAGAAGGUCGGCGUAACGUUCUUACAAGUAGUAUCAAUGGCAAAGAACAGCGACUUAAAAGUCUUCGGUCAAAAAUUUCUAGUCUAAUGACGGCAGCCAAACCUGUCCAGGAAGCACUAGGUGUGGGUAAUGCUUCAGCAUCUUCAGCAGAACAACGUUCUCUCUUUUCUUUACUCCCACAUGAUCUAUCAGUGUUAUACGUACAAGCUGAGGCCUAUCGUGAUAUUAUGGAAGACUUGACUUUUCAUAUUUCUAUGUCACCGAUUUUUAUCUUUUAG